CUUACACAGCAGCCAGGGAAGCAGCACUAGCUGCAAGUCAGGCGUUAGCAGCAGCAAACGUUGCAGCUAGGGAACAGGCAGCAGCAGCAAUGGCUACUGCCGCAGCAUCCUCUGUUGCAUCCUCGUCUGGGACCUAGUUGGGGAUGCCCCAUGGGCCCACGGGUACUUCCAGACCAGAAGGUUCCAGUCACUCCACAAGUCAAAUGGCGGGCUCGCAGUUCAGUCCAUUGAACCCACGCGGCAGAGAGCUACAAGAGCUCCAACAAGUCGAGAGGAUCCGCACACGGUUAGAGAAGGAACUGAAGCAAGCUACUGAUAGAGAAAAUGAGCUUAGAAAUAGAACAGCCAAGCUAGAUACGUUAGAGGCAGACAAAGCUGCAUUAGAGGAGUUAGAUGAGUCAGCAAUGUCUGACGCAAUGAAGGUAUUAAGGUCCAACAUACUGUCACUGCAUGUGCACGUAGACAGCAGGCUGGACUUCAUGCAGAACUCCUUGGACCAAAUCUUGGACCUUUUGCAAAGGCCAGGAUUACGGCCAGCAGCACAGUCGUCGUUGCUGUUAACGGCGAUGUCAGGCCCCUUUCCGAUACAAGCUGGCACACAACCAAGUGGUACGUCUGCAGCAGCUGCACAGACUGUUGCUUCUUCUUCUUCUGGUCCAGCGGCUGGAGCUACACCACAGCCGCAACAAUAUGUUCCACCUCAGGGACAGCAGCAAAGUCCAUGGUACCCAAGGACCCCGAUGAAGCCACCCCUUGCUUUCUCCGGUGAGAAGAAAAUCGAGGAACUCAACACUUGGUUGAGAACGGUUCCAAUGUGGGUAAGGGCAAAGAGGACGUUGCAGGAGGAGGAGGUGAUUACUCCUCCAUCUUACCUCGAGGGUAAGGCAGCCAAAUGGCUGGAUGGGAUAGUAGUUAAGGUUGGGUUCGGACGACGCAUGGCAGACUGGGGUAAAACCCUCACUUUAGAAGAGUUCUUGGAUAUGGUAGAAGCUCGCUGGUAUAAUCCGCAGCAGGCACAAAUUGCCACUGAUGCGAUGCUCAGACUGGACCAGCGAAGGUACAAGUCUGUCAGAGAGCUGACGUCUACCGUAGAGAACCUCAUCGUCGUUCCCGGCAUACGCUAUGAUGAGAAGGUCUUAUUGACCAUGUUUCUGAGAUGUCUGCCCGAACAUCUCAGAACCUUACUGGCCAGCGAGGCUCGCCUCGAGUAUCAUUCUUUUGAGACCUUCUCUAGAAAGGCCUUAGACUUGGAGGUUACCCUAGGAAGUGCUCAACCUACUCCAAUAGACGGGAGGAAGAAGAAGAGUCCACAGGAAUGGAAAAAGAAGGGUAGUAGAUUGAUGAUGGUUGAGUCCGAUGGGACUCAAAUUGAAAUCGAAGAACUUACCGACGGUUCACAGUAUGAUGGCGAGGAAAUUGUUGAGGGUAGCACCCUCGCCGCAGUAGUCAAGGCAAAGUCUGGUGGCCGCAGUAAGGGCGGUCAUCAAACGAGUCAAGGGCAGGCCGCCUCCAAUCAGUCCAAAGUAGCAGAUUGGGUUAAGGCAGAUCUUGAUCAGGAAGUGUGGCGGGACCGCCGAGUGCGUGGUGCUUGCAUUAACUGUGUCUGCACCUUCUCCUAUGGAGGAGGGGAACUUAAUCACAAGAUUGCGUUCCUGGUUAGCGACGACUUAACAUUUGAUAUGCUGUUAGGAAUGUACUACCUUGAGGUUGCCAAGCCCCAGUUUGACUGGGACAAGAAGGUGCUCAAGCAUGAGUUGCCUGAUGGAAGGACCGUGAGACUGGCCAAGUAUAAGGCUAGAAGGUUGCUAGAAUCCUAUGGCUGCUUGUGCGCAUCAAUGUUCUACAAUUAUUAUAAACAGAACCCAGAGGAGGGUAUGUACCUAGUGUAUGUCUCUGAGAAAGGGGAGGCCGUUAAAACACCCCCAGAGAUAGAACACGUCGUUGCUAAGUUCCCUGAUCUGUUUGAGGAACCUACAAGGACCCUCAAAUGGAUCAAGACUCAACCUGCUCUUUCUGAUGCACUCAAGCGCCGGAUUGAGGUCAUAGAUCAGUAUGACUUCAAGCUAGAGUAUCUGAAGGGAGAGUACAACAAGGUUGCGGAUGAGCUGUCACGUAGGACAGACUACCUAGGGGCGCUAGUUUUUGAAUUUGGCGUAUCUGAAGAAGUAACUCAAUCGCUGGUGGGAGCCUAUCAGGAAGACCCUGUCACGAUGGACAUCAUACGCAAAUUGCGGGCGAAAGAUAAGGCCACAGAAGAUGAGUUUGUGAUGGUGGACGGGCUACUCUUUGUUGAAAAGGCCGGGUUCAAAAGGUUAGUUAUUCCAUCUAGUGAACGUUUGCGUAGUUUAUUUUUAGGGGAAUGUCACAACGCAACAGGGCACUUUGGCUACAAGAAGACAAGCGCUAAUCUGAUACAGCGAUUCUGGUGGCCCAACAUGCUAGACAAUGCUAGGAAGUAUGUACAGACUUGCCAAAUCUGUCAGCGGGACAAACCGCGCACUCAAGCACCGCUUGGAUUGUUGAAGCCUUUGCCCAUUCCCGCUGGUCCGGGACAGAGUGUCUCCAUGGACUUCAUGGACACCCUGGUGACCAGCAGGAGUGGGAAGAGRCAYAUMUUCGUCAUAGUUGRCAGGUUUACCAAGUAUGUCMGACUAAUAGCUAUGYCGGAAACRRCAAGGACUGAGCACGUCAUCAAGUUGUUUAUGGACAACUGGGUGCGUGACUUUGGGCUGCCUAAGACUAUCGUUAGUGAUAGAGAUGUCCGCUUUACCAGUGAGCUGUGGAAAAAGACUGCUAAACAGAUGGGCAGUCAGCUUCAGAUGACUUCAGGGAAUCAUCCUGAAGCUAACGGACAGGCCGAACAGAUGCACCGGGUUGUGCAGCAUCUGCUAAGGCAUUACAUAAAGCCCAGCCAGGAUGACUAGGAUGAGAAAUUGCCUCUCAUCGCCAGCCUAUACAACAACGUCGUGCACAACGCUACUGGCGUCAGUCCAAAUCAACUGCACUUGGGAUG